AUGGGUCGAAGGAAGUCGAAAAGGAAGCCGCCACCGAAAAGAAAAAAUAUUGAACCACUUGAUCAACAAUUUAAUUGUCCUUUUUGCAAUCAUGAAAAAUCCUGUGAAGUGAAAAUGGACAAAGGCAGAAAUACCGCAAAAAUAACAUGUCGAGUGUGUUUAGAAGAUUACCAAACUGGAAUUAACUUUCUAUCAGAACCGAUUGAUGUUUAUAAUGAUUGGGUGGAUGCUUGUGAAAGUGCCAAUUAA